AUGGAGAAAAUUCAAACAGUUCUUGGGGAUAUAAAGCCUCAAGAUCUCGGAAUAACAUUAACGCAUGAACAUUUUUCGUUGAAUUUCGAUAAAUUCUUUUGUGCACCUCCUGAAUCUUUAGCUAAAUACUUCAAUGACGGUGUUAAUGAAAAACUUCAUUUAAAAAAUGCUGGAUUUAUAAGACAAUAUCCUUAUGGAAGUAAAUAUAAUAUAAAUUAUGAGGAUGAAGAUACACACAAAGCAGUCAUGAAUGAUGUGAAAAUAUUUAAGGAAUUUGGAGGUAGCAGCAUUGUUGAGAACACAACUUGUGGAAUAAACCAAAACUUGAAGCUUAUGUAUGAAAUAUCUAAAGAAACUGGAGUCAAUGUUAUAGCUGGAACUGGAUAUUAUUUAGGAAUGACUCAAAAGUCUGAUGUUUUGGACAUAUCUGUUGAGAAGAUGGUUGAUUCUUAUACUCAAGAGAUUGUUGAAGGAAUUGAUGUCAAAAUAAGUCCUUCUGAAACUGUAAAAGUAAAGUGUGGGAUGAUUGGAGAAAUUGGAAGUGCUUAUCCAAUAUCUGAAUUUGAAAAACGUGCGAUAAUUGCAGCUGGAGAAACUCAAAGUGCCUUAAAAUGUGGUGUUACUUUUCAUCCAGGCAGAGAUUCUCCAAAUUCACCGUUUGAGGUCAUGAGAAUCUAUCUUGAAGCUGGUGGAAAUGCCUCUAAAUGUAUUAUGUCACAUUUAGAUCGAACAAUAUUGGAUGAUGAUAAAUUGCUAGAAUUCUCUGACCUAGGUGGUUACUGUCAGUAUGACUUCUUUGGUCUUGAAUGCUCUCAUUUCCAAAUGAAUCAUAAAAUUGACAUGCCAUCUGAUGCUCAAAGAAUUGGAAAAUUGAAUUUGUUAAAAGAACAUGGAAAAUUAAAUCGGAUACUAAUGAGUCACGAUAUUCAUACGAAGCAUAGACUGGUUGAGUUUGGAGGUCAUGGCUUCUCUCACAUCAUAAAUAAUAUUGUGCCAAAAAUGAAGACCAGAGGUUUUACACAGGACGAGAUUGAUACUAUUUUAAUCAAAAAUCCAGCAGAUUGGUUGAAAUUCUAA